UUCGCAUAAUCUCCAUCCCUCGUGAUGGAGGGUGCAUUGGGUUGAGCUUUACGCAAUCCACCCACCCACCUCCAGAUUCCUACCCUUUUCUCUCCUUUCUUUUCCGGCGACGAAAACGUUUCCUUCCCUUUUCUUGUAAAACCAUUGUUCUUGCUUCAGAUCCACUCUCUGUCUCUUUCUUUCUAUUCAAAACAAAACUGGAAUUUUCCAUUUUGUUUACUGUUUUAUUACUGAAUUACUAGGCAAAAAAGGAACCACUGAUGGGCAAUAUCGGUAGCAGCGGUGUCCACGGACGACGGAGGUACGGGAGCCGCCGGAGACAUCCAACUCCUCCGCCACCAGCACCUCCACAGCCGGAAAUCACCGCUAACCGGUACGUAUUCGCUGCGGCGACUCCUUACCCUUCUGAAUACCCAAAUCUUAAUCCACCACCUUACUACCAGUACCCGGGGUACCACCGUCCGCCGGCUCCAUCGGCCAUGCCUGUGCCGUUGCCAGUCCCUUAUGAUCAUCACCACCGCGUCGACCCUGCUCAUUGGGUUGGUGGCAGGUACCCAUGUGGACCUAUGAUGGCGCCUAUGGCGCCUUACGUGGAGUAUCAGAAGGCUGUGACUAUAAGAAACGAUGUUAAUUUGAAGAAGGAAAGUUUGAGGCUUGAGCCAGACGUGGAAAACCCAGGAAGGUUUCUUGUUGCCUUCACUUUUGAUGCUAAUGUUGCCGGAAGCAUGACUAUUAUUUUCUUUGCAAAAGAAGGCGAGGAUUGUAUCCUUGCACCAAUGAAAGAAAACCUUCUUCCACCAGUGACAGUCAAUUUCCAACAAGGUCUCAGCCAGAAAUUCAGACAGCCUUCUGGAACUGGGAUUGAUUUAGCAGUGUUUGAGGAAAAAGAAUUAAUGAAAGAGGGGGUGGAUGUCUAUCCUCUUGCAGUGAAGGCAGAGGCUUACCCUCCUAAUCUGAAUGGAGAGGAAGGAAACCAACCAUCUGGAACCAUGAAUUCUCAGAUUACGCAAGCAGUGUUUGAGAAGGAGAAAGGCGAGUACCAGCUGAGAGUAACAAAGCAGAUUUUGUGGGUGAAUGGGAUGAGGCAUGAGAUGCAGGAAAUAUAUGGAAUCGGAAAUUCAGUUGAGGGUGAUGUUGAUGCAAAUGACCCAGGAAAAGAAUGUGUCAUUUGCCUGUCAGAACCACGGGACACGGCUGCCCUUCCCUGCCGUCACAUGUGCAUGUGCAGUGGAUGUGCAAAGGUUUGGAGGUAUCAAACAAAUCGGUGCCCAAUUUGCAGACAACCAGUAGAGAGGCUUUUAGAGAUAAAGGUUAACAAUGGGGCUGAUGAAUGAGGAGAGAAAUUGCUCCUGACUUGCUGUAUAGUAGUUUGUUAUUUGCACUUUUCUCCCCACUUUUGGCUUUCACUUUCUUUUUCCCCCUCUAUUUUUCUUGUUUAAUAAUCAAACAGGAAAUUAUACUUAAUUUGCAGAGUGGCAGGGAUACAUGCUGGUUAUUGUGCCACAAAUAGUAGAGCCAAUGCCUUCAGCUUGAUAACAAUAGCUAUGAAUUUUCAUUAAUCAGAGAAAAUGUAGUAAUAUGCUUGGUUUGAUUGGAAAAUCACCUGUUUGAUGA